GGCUGCUUGUUUCUGUAUAAUGAUAUUCAGAAAAAAAAAAAAAAAAAACAGGAACCGUGUGGAUAACUGACCGAGAGGGCCGCGGCUCAUUAUACUGUGACAAAAUCCACGCAGUCGGUCUACUGAUGGGUUGAUCUCUUGCAGCUUAUAGAAGCAUUUCUCUUUUUGUUUAAUGGCAUUAUUUUCUCAUAUGAGGCAGAUUUUACUCAGUAAUUCAUUGUCGGCUCGGAGGCGGUUGUCCUGAUGAAGUGUCGGCAGAGGGAGGAGGAAACCAGAGAGAGGAAGGAAACGAGGAUAACGUCACGAAAAGCAGAAUCGGAGUGAAACGGACUGUGUAGUAUUUAAUGGACAGAGCUUGAUGCGGGCCGAGCACCGAGCCGAAAUUCUGUUUGUUUACCUCGCAUUUGGACAAAGAUGUUUUUGUUAACUGGUCGGGCGUGAAAAGAAAAGGAGGGGAAAGCAUUUCGAGGAGGAAACGGCAACACAAGCAGCAGCAGCAGCAGAUCUCAUCUUUUUUUCUUUUUUUUUCAGGAGGCUCCACUAAAGCAGAGAAAUGGAAAUGUGUGUAGCCCUCCUCCGUUUGCCUGUUCGCUGAAGGAUUUGGGAAACAGCCUAAUCGUGACACACGGACUUUAAAGUGGAUCUCAUUUUUUUUUUUUUUAAUGAGUGAGAAAGACGUAUAGUUAAAACCCUUCCACGGGAUUCCUUUUUUUUUUUUCCGGGGGACGUUGCUUUUUUUUUUCGCGGAAGGAGAGAAAAAAAAAAAAAAAAAAAAAAAAAGCUGCAAAAUCAUCGGGAGAAUUAACAGGUGACGGCUCAGACAAAUCCAAAAUGAGUGAGCUGGAGCAGCUUCGCCAGGAGGCCGAGCAGCUUAGGAACCAGAUAAGAGAUGCCAGGAAAGCAUGUGGAGAUUCAACCCUGACACAGAUAACUGCUGGUCUGGAUCCUGUGGGGCGGAUUCAGAUGCGGACGAGACGCACCCUCCGCGGCCACCUCGCCAAGAUCUACGCCAUGCACUGGGGCACUGACUCAAAGCUUCUGGUUAGUGCCUCUCAAGAUGGAAAACUGAUCAUCUGGGACAGCUACACCACUAACAAGAUACACGCCAUCCCCCUGCGCUCCUCCUGGGUGAUGACCUGUGCGUACGCCCCGUCUGGGAACUACGUGGCCUGCGGAGGCCUGGACAACAUCUGCUCCAUCUACUGCUUGAAGACUCGCGAGGGCAACGUCAGGGUCAGCAGGGAGCUACCUGGCCACACAGGUUACCUGUCAUGUUGCCGUUUCAUUGACGACAAUCAAAUCAUCACGAGUUCAGGAGACACCACAUGUGCACUGUGGGACAUCGAGACGAGUCAGCAGACCACGGUUUUCUCUGGGCACAGCGGCGACGUCAUGAGCCUGUCCCUGUCGCCCGACCUCCGCACCUUUGUGUCAGGAGCCUGCGACGCCUCGGUCAAACUGUGGGACAUCAGGGACAGCAUGUGCCGGCAGACCUUCACAGGCCACGAGUCGGACAUCAACGCUAUCUGUUUCUUUCCCAACGGCAGCGCCUUUGCCACCGGCUCAGACGACGCCACCUGCAGGCUGUUUGACCUGCGCGCAGACCAGGAGCUCAGCCUCUACUGCCAUGACAACAUCAUUUGUGGCAUCACAUCCGUGGCUUUCUCGCGCUCCGGCCGUUUGCUGCUGGCUGGUUAUGAUGAUUUCAACUGCAACAUCUGGGACGCCAUGAAGGGAGACAGAGCAGGGGUCCUGGCCGGCCAUGACAAUCGUGUGAGCUGUCUGGGUGUGACGGAUGACGGCAUGGCGGUGAGCACCGGGUCCUGGGACAGCUUCCUUAAGAUCUGGAACUGAGCCACGCACAUAAACCGCAAACACACACACACACACACACACACACGCACACACACGCACACACACACGCACACACACGCGCACACACACGCGCACACACACACGCACACACGCACGCACGUCCAACAAACAGACAGACAUUGCUCCCGUCUUGGGACACUGUUUGCACCCUGUAUUCACUGUAUGUAAGAUUCAACAGACAAACUGCAACAUUGUACUGUACAUAAUAUAUAUGACUUAGAUAUGAGUUUACACACACACAUACACACACACACACACACACACACACACACACACACACCCGCUGUAUGCAGGACAAGAUGACACAAAACCUGAACACAUGCCCUCACUAACUACAGCUGGUUUAAGUACAGUUCCACACACACACACACACACACACACACACACACACACACACAUAAUCUGUAAAAUGUAAAAACGUGACAAAAACAGUUGAUUCUUCAGCUGCUCAAAUAAAAAACACAAAUGCCACUAUUACCUGAAGCCUUUUAACACGUCUAACACGCUCAUUCACUUAACACACACACACACACACACACACACACACACACACUUUUUCCUGAGAGACACUGCUCCUCGAGUUAAACGGGGGAGAAGACGUUAUUUGACAAUUCUGUCUUUGUUUACAAUGAAGUCCAAAAUGCACUUCAGAAAAAAUUUUCUGUACUAUUUUUGUCUCAGUACCACAUGUAUCUCAGCGAUGCUAAUGUGAAGGAAGAAUGGUUGUGGAAAGAGAAUUAUGUGAGUCCAUUAACACUGAAAACAACAAAACAAAACACUGACAGACAGGAUGAGCCGAUGAUCGACAGAGUCCAAGGAAAUAUCAACUCUUAUUUUCAUCUGUUCGAAACAUCAUGUAAUCACUGUUUUUAUAGAUAUGUACCCCCGCAUACAGUAAAUCUCUUCAGUUUUGGUUUUCUUCUUUUUUUUUUACACUUAUUUUAUUCAUGUUCUCCCUGUGUGCCUCAGAUACACGUUAAGGAUUAUUAAUAGAGAAUAUUGAUAAAAGGUAAAUUAACAAAAACAUUAAAGAUCUGAGAUUCAAAGUUGAGUGAAAAAAAAAUAAAAACAUUGUAAGACGCAUCUUAAUAAAGCAGGAGCCAGUAUUCAUACUUUGACUUUAUCAAUGUAUUAUCUGGACAUGACAAUGGUAUAAUUGUACAUAAUAUUAAUAAAUAAUAGCCUCUCCUGCCA